AUUUUGGUUUAUGUUGCAAUUUAUUAAGUGAAACUGCUUCUGAUUCAAGAUUUCAAUUUUGCAAUAAGAAGAAUAGAUCAGAGAUGAAUACAGCAUCAACCAUUCAAGAGGAACCCAAAAGGAUAGAUCUUGAUUCCCCAAGAUGGGAUCAAAGCACAUUUUCAGGACGUUUCCAACAUUUUGCUGGGAUCACAAACAUGCUGCUUUCCUUAAAGUCUGAUAAAGAGUUAAAUGAUGCUCAAAAUCUACUCAAUUUAUACAGGGAGAAGAAAGAACCUCCAGGAACAACAGAAGAUCAAGUCUGGAAUGCAAAAACUCUUUAUGAAUCUGCAUUUCAUCCUGACUCAGGCGAAAAGAUGAACCUCUUUGGACGGAUGUCAUUUCAAGUUCCUGGUGGUAUGCUGCUUACUGGUGCUCUGCUGCAGUUUUACAGAACUGUGCCACAGGUUGUAUUCUGGCAAUGGGUUAAUCAAUCUUUCAAUGCUUUGGUGAAUUACACAAACAGAAAUGCUAAAUCAUCAAUUACUGGAAAGCAGAUUGGUGUGGCAUAUGUUUCCAGUACAACUACAGCUGUUGCUGUAUCAGUUGGACUCAAUUCACUUGUAAAGCGUGCUCCACCUUUGGUUGCCCGAUAUGUGCCAUUUGUGGCUGUUGCUGCUGCUAAUUGUGUGAAUAUCCCAUUAUCUAGACAGAGUGAAAUAAUAAAUGGAAUAAAAGUGUAUAACAAAGAUGGCGAAGAACUUGGCCAUUCAAAACGUGCAGCUGUUAAAGGAAUUUCACAAGUUGUCGAGUCGAGGAUUGCAAUGGCUGCCCCAGGAAUGCUGAUAAUUCCUAUUAUCAUGGAAAAACUAGAAAAAUAUCGAUGGAUGCAGAGAAUAAAAGUUCUGCAUAUGCCAAUUCAAGUUCUUUUGUGUGGAGUCAGUUUGACGUUUAUGGUUCCCGCCGCCUGUUCACUAUUCCCACAAAAAUGUUCAAUGAAAGUGGAGCAUCUUGAGCCAGAACUUCGCGAGAAAAUAAAAGAAAGUAAAAAUGCGGACAUUGAUACGGUGUACUUCAACAAGGGACUUUAAAUGAAGCAAGGGAAGUAAUAAUAGUAAUUUACGUCAAUUAAUUUACACGUCUAAACUUUAUAUAUAUUGAUAUAAGCCAGUGGCAGUGUAGAUAGCGUAGCAGUCAAGAUUAGCAUGAUGACGUGAUGUGACUAUGGUAGAAGAAGGGGAACUUUUGAUUGAACAUGUCAACGUUUUUGUUUCGUUAGUUUGGAUUGUCUAUGCAGUUUAGUUGCGUUUAAACUUGCAUUUUAUGAUGACAGUGUCAAGGGGGUCAAUUUCGUUUCUGAGAUCUGGAUAGUUGUCAACGAUAGUUUAAAUCUUCAGAUGUAAUAGGAUCCUUCAUCAUCUGCACUACCGCAACUUGCCCAAUCGUUUCCAUCUAUCAAAAAAAAAGAAGAAAAUUGCGUAGAAAAUUGCAAGUGUAAACUACUAAACUGCUUUAAUCACUCGUGACCGCUGUUUGUGAAACACAAACAGUAACUAAAUGACAAAUGUUUUUCCUGUCGCAUUUAAAUGUCAAAAUGAGGAAUGAGGACAGAGGACGUACUGCAAAUAAAGCGACCAUCACACUAGAACUAAACUAAUUUAAAAGAGAAGAAAUAUAACAAUUUUUAACUUAAAUAGAAUAUUCAAACAUCGUAAGAGGAAAAGUAGAAAAUCCUUUACAAGCACACAAUUUGAUGAAAUAUAAAAAACGCAAGGAAAGCGAAACGAAUUGAGUUUGCACAAUUCUGAUUCGAAA